GUAUUAUUAUCAUUAUUUAGUUAUUUUCCAGUUUGAACGGUCCUUUACACCCGGAACCCCUGUUAUUACACAAAAGUUCCCCCCGGAAAAGUUAUUCAUAGUACAUGCUAAAAGCUGCUAGCGGAAGAUAAACAGAAAUCUUGUUCAACAUGGCAGAGACUCACAGCUUGCAGGACAUGAGGCAACAGGCAGCCAUCGCUGCCAAAGUCUUCAUUCAGCGAGAUUAUACCAACGGCACUGUGUGCCAGUUCCAAACCAAGUUCCCCACUGAGCUGGAGACCAGGAUUGACAAACAGCAGUUUGAGGAGACGGUGCGGACACUGAAUAACCUGUACGCUGAAGCGGAGAAGCUGGGAAGCCAGUCAUAUAUUGAAGGCUGUCUGGCCUGCCUCACAGCGUACACCAUCUUCUUGUGUAUGGAGACUCACUAUGAGAAGGUUUUGAAGAAGAUUGCAAAGUACAUUCAGGAGCAGAAUGACAAGAUCUACGCACCACGAGGCCUCCUGCUCACCGAUCCCAUCGAGAGAGGCCUGCGAGUCAUUGAGGUCACCAUCUUUGAAGACAGAAGCCUGACUAGAUAAAACAGUUGUUUUGCUGAGCGGUGCUAAAGGGUCUGCAGCAGCCCAGCACCAUUAUCCACCUCCCUGAGGACCACCCAGACCUGCACCCUUUAAUACAGCGUCUCUACAAUCUAUCCCUUUCCACUAUCAUGUGCAUGUUCCAUUCAGAGUAUCCUUUGUGAAGUUUGAGAUUUCAUACCCGACACUACUUCAUCUAUUAUUUUAUCAUUAUUUGUGACCUAUUCAUUAACUGAGGGUUUAAGUCUGUUAUAUGCUUGUAUUUGGUUGGAGAAAAGAAAAGGAUGUCAUGGAAAAACUGAUAGACUAACUCAUUUACACAAUUUAUUGACAUUCCUUAAGCCAUGAGCAAUUAUAUUUGUUAAUUUUGGACUAAAGACAGUUUUUUGACUAGUAGUAUUUGUGGAAUUAUGAACUUUUGUAUAUUUCUUUCUUUUUUGGACACUCCUUUUUGAAUAAUGAAGCCAACACACAGGGUAACUUACUUUUACGAAGGACUAUGGAUCUCACCCACACCCAUGCUUUAAGUGAUUGUCUUGGCUGAACUGAGGAUAUCAUUUAAUCAAGAAACAAAGAACUCUGGUUAUUAGUGUGAUUUGCUGCAUGUGCCACACCUCAGUUUGUUUGCUUUUUUCUUAUUCCAUGUAUUCUUGCAAGGGUGCUUUGUAGUUUAUCGUCUUUCCUGCAUGUUUCUUUUAUAUUGUUUGACCUUAUAGUUAACUGAAAACACUGAACUUUGUCAGGAUCCAAACAUUCCAGUCAAACCGUCACAGAUUCCAAUCUUAAUGUACAUCUUUAAUUUAAGAGAUUCUUUACGAAAAACCAAAACUUGUGCUCGCUCUGUAUUUAGCAUGUUAAAUGCAAUAUUGUUAAUGCUACUUCUCAAGUCGUGUUUAAAUUUUUUUUGUAAACUGUGCUAUGCAUAGUGUUUGGUGACUACUGUUGAUUUUUGACUCAUGUCUAAUAAGCAUAUAUUCAUAUAUAUUGUGAGAUUGCCUUUGACCGAAGUAUUAAAAGUGCUCUUGUUAGUUGACAGUGCCUGUAAUGGCUUUGAAUGUUGCCUUUGUUAAAGUCUAAAGACCUGGUCACACCAGGACCGGCGAAAUUCAGCAGCGAUUUCAAUUCAUUCCAAUGGUAUUGCUGCUAUUAGUGGAUUCUUUCACGGGGGCAAAGUAAAUCAGCGCAAAUGUUUCGUGACCCUCAAAUUUGCGUUGUUGACCAAUAGCAAGCCGUCUUGACAGUUCUGACCUUUGAGGGGACAGAAAGUCGGAGAGUCCAAAAUGGAUGAAGCUAUCAUAGCUAAUUAGCUGCCCCACAGAUGAGCAAUGGUUUGCAGACAGUUAUGAGACAGGAGUCAGUGGUACAUAUAUGUCUUUAGAAUAAACUGUGUGAGCUUAUUAUCAUGUUAGCAGCUGAGCUAAGCUAACAAGUUUGCGAACUAGCUCGGAGAAUUUUAUUUUCUUGUGUAAAUGGUGAACAAAAUGCCUGGGGGGAGUUAACAGAACCCUUUGAGGGAAAAUAGAGAAAAUCUCCAGCCGGCUGGGCUAGCGCCAGAGUUCACUGUACCACUUUCUGGUGUGACCAGGCCUUAACUGUGAAAUCAUGUCAGAUCUUGGCUUUGUUCACUUAUUGCUAAUAAGCAUCUAAAGCCUAAGAUUAUGGUAUAAUGCUGUUCAAACCUUAACAAAGGUUGAAUAUACUGUAGAACGUAUGGCUGGUUGUCAUAAUGUUUUAUUAUGAAAUAAGUAUAGAUUUUUGAAUGCCAUAGCUAAAAGAUCAACAAUUAUCUUGAUGUCUAAUCAUGUAAAUAAAGUUCCAUUAAUCAUU